AUGUCGAGGGCGGGCGGAUGCUUAAAAGCUCCUCCUGAUCAUCCUCCUUCCUCUCCCCUUCCAGCACCGCGUCCUUCGACCCGUUUCCUCUACCGUACAUCUCAGUUUCACGCCCUUCACCGGCAUCCCAAGUUCAACAUGUGUGGAAUCUUUGGCUACUGCAGCUUCUUGAAGGAGAAGAGCCGUAAAGAGGUCCUCGAAAUCCUGUGCGCUGGACUCGCCCGCCAGGAGUACCGUGGUUAUGACUCCGCUGGUCUCUGCGUUGAUGGCGAUAAGCCUGGAACCGUUGUCUUUUUCAAGGAGGUAGGCAAGGUCGCCGGACUCCGCAAGAAAAUCGCUGCUUCGCCUCUCGAUGUUGAAAAAACCUCCAUCGCCCAAGUCUCGAUCGCACACACCCGAUGGGCUACACACGGACCCCCGUCCGAGGUCAACUGCCAUCCCAUUCGUUCGGAUCCCAACGCAGAUUUUGUUAUCGUUCACAACGGUAUUGUCACAAACAGUGGCGAACUGCGCCUCGUGCUUCAAAAGCGCGGCUACAAGUUCGAGACCGAGACCGACACUGAGGCCGUCUCGAUUCUCACUAAAUACAUCUUCGACUCGCACACGGACAAAAAGCUGUCCUUCACGGAGCUGGUCAAGGCCGUUUUGAAGGAAUUGGAGGGGUCCUUUGCGUUUGUCUUCAAAUCGCGUCAUUUCCCCAACCAAGUUGUUACUGCUCGCCGUGGUUCACCGCUCCUGAUUGGCGUGAAGACCGACAAGAAGCUGAAGGUCGAUUUCGUUGAUGUCGAGUUUGCAGGCCAGGACAGCAAUGAUCCUCGAGCCGAGUCCCUGCAAGCCAACUCCCCCAGUGCACUCCUUGCUGUUCCUUCUGCCAACCCCAAGGUCCUGCGCACACAAUCCCGCGCAUUCAUGUCGGAGGAUGGCCUUCCUCAGCCCAUCGAGUUCUUCAUCGCUUCCGAUGCUGCAGCCAUCGUCGAGCACACCAAACGCGUCCUCUACCUCGAAGACGACGAUAUUGCCCACAUCGCUGAGGGCGAGCUCCACAUCCACCGCCUCAGGCGCAAGGAAGACGGCGACCAGACGCCCAGCCAGAUCGCCGCCACCCGCACCAUUGAGACCCUUGAGCUCGAGCUCGCCGCGAUCAUGAAGGGCAAAUUCGACACCUUCAUGCAGAAGGAGAUCUACGAGCAGCCCGAGUCGGUCGUCAACACCAUGCGUGGACGCGUCAACUUCGACGCAAACAAGAUCACACUGGGUGGUCUGCGAGCUUACUUGCCCAUCAUGCGCCGCUGCAGGCGCAUGGUGUUCAUUGCUUGCGGGACUUCGUACCACUCGUGCAUUGCGACUCGUGCAAUCUUCGAGGAGUUGACGGAGAUUCCGGUUGGUGUUGAGCUUGCAAGCGACUUCUUGGAUCGCAAGACCCCUAUCUUCCGUGAUGACGUCGUUGUGUUCCUGAGCCAGAGCGGAGAGACGGCCGACACUAUUUUGGCUCUUCGCUACUGCUUGGAGAGGGGUGCCCUCUGCGUCGGUGUUGUGAACACCGUAGGCUCGACGUUGUCGCGUGAGACUCACUGUGGUGUCCACAUCAACGCUGGACCUGAGGUCGGUGUGGCCUCUACCAAGGCUUAUACCUCUCAAUACGUUGCGCUCUUGAUGAUCGCUCUCCAACUGUCGGAGGACCGCAUUUCCUUCACGGAGCGAAGGAACCAGAUCAUAAACGGCCUUCAUGCGCUUCCAGGGCAGAUCAAGAAGGUCCUCGAGCUCGACGGUGCCUUGAAGGAGCUUGCUGCUACAGUCUCCCAGAACAAGAGUCUCCUGCUCAUGGGCAGAGGAUACCAAUACGCCACCUGCCUCGAGGGUGCCUUGAAGAUCAAGGAAAUCAGCUAUAUGCACUCCGAAGGUAUCCUCGCUGGCGAGCUCAAGCACGGCCCUCUUGCCCUGGUCGACGAAAACAUGCCCGUCAUCAUCAUUAUGACCCGGGACUCGCUCUACCCCAAGGUCCAGUCCGCCUACGCCCAGAUCACUGCCCGCAAGGCGCAGCCCAUCGUCCUCUGUAACGAGGGCGAUGAGGGCAUCCCGCCCAACAGCAAGACGAUCCGCGUGCCCAAGACCGUCGACUGCCUGCAGGGUCUCCUGAACAUCAUCCCGCUCCAGAUCCUCAGCUACCACCUUGCAGUGAAGAACGGGUGCGACGUCGACUUCCCGCGCAACUUGGCCAAGUCGGUUACUGUUGAGUAA